ACACGUUGAACAAAUCAAAUCACACCAAAUAAUAAUAAUUAUAUAUAUAGAUAUACAUAUAUAGAUAUAAAACCUACCUCUCAUUCAUCUUUCAUCAAACACAAAAAUGGCAAUCACCAUGAAAAGAAACCUCUCCAUCUUCCUUUUCAUAGCGAUAACCUCCAUAGCCUCAACACAAGCAGCAAAGUUCAACAUCACAAACAACUGCAACUACACCGUCUGGGCCGCCGCAGUCCCCGGCGGCGGUGCAAAACUCAACCCCGGCGAAUCAUGGAACAUGAACAUGACCAACGGCACAAACAACGCAAGAAUCUGGGGUCGAACCAACUGCACUUUCGACAACUCCGGUGUCGGAAAGUGCCAAACAGGUGAUUGCAACAGCACCCUCGAAUGUAAAACAUACGGUACACCACCAAACACAGUCCUAGAAUUCGCUUUGAACAUGUACAACGACCUCGAUUUCUACGAUGUUUCGCUUGUACAAGGCUUUAACAUCCCGAUUAAGUUGACACCUUCGUCAACCUUAUGUAGCAUGGUUAAUUGUACUAGGAAUAUUGUGGAUGAGUGUCCUAAAGCUCUUAAGGUAGCAGGUGGGUGCAACAAUCCUUGUACAACGUUUGGAACAACUGAAUAUUGUUGUGACUCAAAUUCUGCUAAAUCUGUUGCUACAAAUGCUUCUGCCACGUGUGCUCCAACGAAUUAUUCUAAGUUCUUUAAGGAUAGGUGUCCUUAUGCUUAUAGUUACCCUAAAGACGAUGCAACCAGCACUUAUACUUGUAUGGGAGGAACUACCUAUGAUGUUGAGUUUUGUCCUUAAUUUUUUUUUAUUUGAUUUUUAUUUGUAUUGUUUUCAUUUUAUGAUUCUUGUUGUAUACUUAGAUAUAUGUAUUUCUAAUAAUCGAAUAAAUUGGUUGUCUUAGGGGAUGAUUCCCUUGCACAUCUAUGUGAUAUGAUGUGUUUUAGUUAGAUCUUUGUAUAAGUAAAUAAAGUAAGAUUUAUGUAAAAGUAAAUUCUGAUUA